AUGAAUUUACAAUACAAGAAACAAGGUUUUUGCCGAUGCGUUUUGGAAUUGCGCCGGCAAAAGUGUCUUUUGUCGGUGAAUUUCACAACAAAGAAAGUUAUUAGCCAAAAUGAAGAAGAAGUAGAUGCAUAUGGUCUCACACCUUCAUCUAGAUUACUUCUCACUAAUAACGGUAAUAAAGAGGUCCUAAGCUUGUCCCCCUAUGUUCUUGCAGUGCUUCAUCCAGCUACAGUAACUUCAUUCCAUUUCAUUGGAAGUUGGUUCCAGCAGAAAGAUGCAACUCCAAGUCAAGCAAUGCCAUUUCAGUUAGCUCAUCAUGGCAUGAGCUUUUAUGAUUACUGGGGGAACAUUACUGAAUACGGUGACCUUUUGAAUGAUGCAAUGGCCAAUGAUUCAGGAAUGUUGAAGGCUGUUAUAAAAGAUUUCAAGCCUGUGUUUGAGGGACUAACUUCAUUGGUCGAUGUGGGCGGCAAUACAGGUGCCGUCUGUAAGAUUCUCAUUGAAGCAUUUCCUCACCUGAAAUGCUCAGUGCUUGAACUAUCACAUGUGGUUGCUGAUUUGCCUAAUACUGAAAACUUGAAGUUUAUUGAGGGUGACCUGUUUCAAGCAAUUCCUCAAGCUGAUGCAAUUCUACUCAAGUCUCUUCUACGUGGUUGUAGUGAUGAUGAAAGCCUGACGAUUUUGAAGAAAUGUAGAGAAUCUAUUCCAUGCAAUGGAGGAAAGGUUGUGAUUAUAGACAUUGUAAUAGACAGCACAAAAGAUGAACAUGAAGUAUUGGAAGCUAAGCUCUCUUUUGAUUUAUUAAUAAUGGUCUGUCUCCCUGGGAGAGAGAGAAGCCAGAAAGAUUGGGAAAAACUUGUAUUGAAAGCUGGUUUCACUCGCUAUAAAAUUACACCCAUAUUUGGUUUGAAGUCACUAAUUGAGGUUUUUCCUUAAUUAUAAUCAAACAAAAUGAGUGUUUGUUAUGCAACCCUUGAAAUAAGCAUAUGAUCUAACUAUUGUGACUAUAAUGAGCACAAUAAAAUUGUCAAUAUGCAGAGUGUUCAUCUGCAAGGGAACCCUAGUUUUCUUUUCGAUGACUUUUUCAUGUAUUAUUUGCUUUCAUGUAA